AUGUCGGGCUCGGAGGAGCGGUACCGUGACCUGGACCGCGAUAGGAGGCGCGACCGCGACCGCAGCCGGGACCGUAGCCGGGACCGCGACCGCGACAGGCGGCGCGACCGCGACCGGCGCGACCGGUCACGCGAGCGCGAGCGGCGGCGCCGCAGCGACCACUCAGACGACGAGGAUCGCGACCGGCGCCGGCGCCGCGACUAUUCGGACGAAGAGGAGACGGACAGGCGCCGGCGCCGCGACGGCGACACAACCGCCGGCCCGCCACCGGCAGGGCCGCCGCCUGCCGGGCCGCCGCCUGCCGGGCCACCGCCUGCCGGGCCGCCUCCGGCAGGGCCGCCGCCGGCCGGUCCGCCGCCCGUCGGUCCGCCGCCGACGGGGCCGCCGCAGACCAACGGCGUGUCCAACGGCGAUGCUCCCAUGGCCAACGGCGGCGGCAGCUCCGCCGGCGGCGGGGGUGCCGAUGAGGAGGCUGCCGCGAGAGCGCAGGAGGAGGAGAUGGCGAUGAUGGCGGCGAUGGGCUUCCCGGCGAGGACGGAGAAGAUGAACAAGGCAAUCGCGAAGGAGGCUGCCAAGAAGGCGAUGAUGUAA